AUGGGUCGUUUGUCUAAUACAGCCUUCUUGGCUCAAUUGUCUGAUAUCUUGGAAGCAAACAGCGGAAAUUCUUCUAUCUAUUUAACACAAAAAAGGUUAUCUCCUGCAUUGGACCUUGAUCCACCAACCUCACCUUCAGCAUUCAAUGAUUUGCCAAGUAAUGUCAUACCUCAAGCCAGCGGCGACAAUAUAAAUACCACAAAAUAUCCGAUUCUUGUAAGAAUAUCCACUGGUGGAGCCGGCGCCUCGAGAUCGAAGAAGCAUCUGUCCAAGCAAAGACUGAAGCUCUCUACUGUUGUGGAGCACGACACCUUAGACCUGUUCUGGUCCGAUUACAUAAACGUCAUCAAAAACGGAUUUGUGGGGUUGAAAAAGAAAGAAAAGAAGAAGAGUAAGAAGGGUAAGGUGAGUAAAUAG